GCGCCGCCGCUUCGGCGAGGUCACGUCGCUCCUCGUCCUUGCUUUCCACUCGCGAUCGUGAAUUAGGCAAACACUCUUCGAACUAUUACAACUAUCUGUGCCAUAAUGGGGAACUCAAGAACUCUUUCUGGCCUAUAAAUGUGUUCAGUGUUACGUGUUUUUUUUCCGAGGAGUAUGUGCUUGAAGCGAAAUUAUCAACUACUUCUAUAUUCCAGUUAAUGUUUAACGUGAAUCGCAUCAUGGUAAAUAUCUAGCAAUUUAGCCAUUUAUGCAAAUUGCUCAUAAUGGUGUUUCUGCAGUGCAACAUAAGCUCAAAUGAGGCUAUCGAGUGUUGAAGAUGAACAGGUCUGGCUACGAUUACAACGUGCCUGCAUCGACCACUUACUAUGCGAGCCACAGCCGUCCGCCGCAGUACGAACGCGGCUACGGGCAGCUCACAGCCGGCCCACUCUACAGUCCCUCCUCGCACCCUCUUUCUAACUACGCCGAUGUUUACGAGGGCAACAACGACACCACUCUUAGAGCGGAGGAGAGGCACUGGUAUAUAGAAAAUCAUAAAAACCUACAACCUAAUUAUGAGGUCAAUCAUGACAACGUUCCUCAAGAUGCCAAAAUUAAGAAAGAGGAGGAGAAAAAGACAGAUACGCUUGUUAGAAGGUCUGAAGUUUCACAAGCACGACAGAGAAGAAAGGAAGACCGAUGCUCAUGCGAGUGUUGGCCUACUACUGACAAUAAUGCCGUGCAGGACAGCGCGGGCAAUGAAACGACGCGGUCGCUUUCCGGGGUUGAUAUGGUCGCGUCGUACGGAGUGUACGGGAAUCCACGGGAUGAUGAAGCGGGGUUCGCUAGGUUGUCAGAAAAGCAAAACGCUGUAUAUGGACAAGGGAGCGAGGCUCCGGUGCAAGGUGUCAUAGUGAACCAGCAAGGCAACAGUGCCGUGGUUCGGUCGACGCCACCAUCGGAGUCUAAAUGCGGGAAGUGUUGCGCAUGGUCUUCGAAUGCCCCCGCUGCAAACUCAGAGGAUUACUGUUGGAUCCAUUAUUGCAGGCCAGCCUUGAUAGUCCUGUUGCUACUGUUUUUUCUAGUCUUGUUGGGAGUAUCAACAGGGUUCCUAUUAACGAAUAACUAUUUACAUUAUCAACCCCGACCUCCUGCCCCUGAAGAGGCUUGCGAGAAGACGUUCUGCCGAUGGGGGGCGGAGUGCGUGUCGCUGGGGGAUGGACGGGCGCAUUGUGCGUGCCCAACUAGCUGUCCGACAUCGGCAGCGCCCGUAUGUUCCACCUCAGGCCGCACUUACCGCAACCACUGCUACUUGCGCAAGGAAGCUUGCGAACGACGCCUCAACUUACGCGUCAAGCAUGAAGGCGAAUGCGAAACCGGGGAUCCGUGUUCUUCAAUGAGCUGUCAAGCCGGAGCUCGGUGUAUUGUCACAUACGGUCAGACGGAAUGCCGAUGUCCAAGAAGUUGCCAAAGGCGGAAGCCAGUGUGUGGGACUGAUGGCAAGGAAUAUCCAUCAGCUUGCCAUUUGGAUAAGCACGCUUGUGACAACCAGAUUAAUAUUACUAUCAAGUAUCACGGAAAGUGCGAUCCAUGUUCAGACCACCAAUGUGCAGAUGGUGGAGUGUGUCAAUUGAACGAAGCGCGUGUACCGAUGUGUCGAUGCGGUCCACCAUGUAAUUUGGAAGCUCGUCCUGGUUCAGCUGUGUGUGGAUCGGAUUUCAAAGACUAUCCCAGUGAAUGUGCGUUGAGAAGAGAAUCAUGUAUAACAAGACAACAACUUACAAUUGCUUAUAGAGGAGAGUGCUCUUCAGCUCAACACCCAUGUGAAUCAGUGAAGUGUGGUGUACGAGAACGAUGUACGCUGGAUGCGCGCGGCGUGGCCGUAUGCGGUUGCGGACCGGAUUGCGAAACAUCCGUAAGGCCUGUAUGCGGUACGGAUGGAAAAACGUACGAAAGCCCUUGCCUGUUGGAUCGAGCUGCUUGUCUUGAUAAUCGAGACGUGAGAGUGGCUUACAUCGGUCCUUGUGGUGAAGAAAAUCCAUGCGCCCGAGUAACCUGUCCUUGGGGUGGAGCGUGUAUAUCUAGGGGAGGAUCCGCGCAGUGUGCCUGUCCGGUGUGCGACGCGACUCUUGCGCCAGUCUGCGCGUCCGACCACAAUACGUACGGCAGCGAAUGUAAGAUGCGUAUGCACGCUUGUCAAGAAGGAAUUAAGGAAGGAGAUCUCAAAGUCCUUUACAAUGGAACCUGUCAAACGUGUGCCGACAUCGUAUGCCAAGGCGGCGGCGACUGCUCCGUGGACCCUGACACCGGACGUCCCGUGUGUCUUUGUAACCACAACUGUUCCAUGCCUUUGGAAACUGAUGUGGUUUGUGGAAGUGACAAGCAAACUUACGCAUCGCAGUGCGAAUUGGACUCUACAGCGUGUCGCGCCCAAAAUGACUUGCGGCUUGCCUACAAAGGGGAUUGUGCUCUUUGUGAAGGCGUGAGGUGCUCUUUUGGAGCUCACUGUUCGGCUGGAGAAUGCGUGUGUCCAACUGACUGCACUGGCGCAGCUCGCGAGCCCGUCUGUGGAAGCACAAUGCAAACUUAUCCCAACGAAUGCGAGUUGCAAAAGGCAGCAUGCAGAUUACCCCCACCAGCGACGCUUCACGUCAUCUUCUACGGCGACUGCAAGGAUAGGCUCGCCGUGGUUCCACCGAUUGCUAUGACUACGACCGCGAUGACCACGACCGAAGUGGAGGAAAGGUCGACGGAUUCUUCGGGUGCGUCGGAAGAAGGUACGGCAAGUCCAAUCGCUUGCCGCGACAUACGUUGCGAUUUCGGCGCGAGUUGUGAGCUGGGCUCCGAUGGUUAUCCACGCUGCUCCUGUCUCUUCGAAUGUCCGCCCGACGACGAGUACUUCCCCGUCUGUGCGUCCGACUUUAGACUUUAUCCCAGUUUGUGUGCCAUGCGGAAGGAGGGCUGCCAAAAACAACUCGAGCUUAGAUUGCGGCCAUUGGAUCUUUGCAAAGGUAUGGAAGUAAGGCCAUGCGGUAACAACAAGGCUAUGAUUGAUGCUACAACGGGUCUUGAAAUUGACUGUGGUAACGGACCGCACCGUCAAGACUGUCCGGUCGGAAGCUACUGCCACAUUACUAUUACUGCAGCGAGGUGCUGCCCCAAAAACGACACGAAACAAUUUGAAGAUAAGAAGGUAGUACACUGUUCGGACAGCGCGUACGGUUGUUGUUUGGACGGUUCGACCGCAGCGUCGGGACCUAACGAGGAGGGUUGUCCAAUUACGAGUUCGACUUGUGGUUGCAAUCGACUGGGAUCAGUGUCGGAUCGUUGUGAUGAGGACGGACAGUGUAUAUGUCGACCGGGAGUUGGUGGCCUCAAGUGCGACCGUUGCGAGCCUGGAUACUGGGGCUUACCCCGAAUUGGGACCGGCCACAGCGGCUGUAUCCCUUGUGGGUGUUCGGCGUUUGGUUCUGUAAGAGAGGAUUGUGAACAAAUGACGGGGCGAUGUGUGUGCCGACCUGCUGUACAAGGGCAAAAAUGUACCGUUUGUGCUGAUCAUAGACGUCGAUUAGGCCCUAAUGGUUGUUCUGAUCCGGAGACUGGAGGCGUGGUGGAGUCGUGUGCGGAUUUAUCAUGUUAUUUUGGAGCGGUGUGCACGGAGCGCACCGGAGGUGCUUUAUGUGAAUGCGCUGCGGCACCUUGUCUUGAUAGCGAGACUAACAUGUUGGUAUGCGGGAGCGAUGGCAAAACUUACGAGUCGGAGUGCCACCUCAAGCUACAAGCGUGUCGCACGCAAGAUGACAUUGUGGUUCAGGCGUUCGGGCCUUGCAAGUUGGGCGAACUAGCAGGCACGGCCGGUCCACCUCGACCUUCAUCACCGAUACAGUUCACGCAACAGGACGACGGCGCCGCUUCUAAAUCUACUAGACAUUUAUUAAAUCCAGACAAGUAUUACAAUAAGUACGAUUGGACGAGAAAGGAAACCCCCAGCGAUUUUGAUGGCAUUCUCUCUGGACAAAAGUUCAAAGGUUUACAAACAGCCACCACGGCAACUGUGGGUGCAGUAGGGGCCUUAUUAGGGGAUCUUUGCACGGAGGAUGCAGACUGCGCUGUAUUACCGGGCGCUCAUUGCGCGAGGGGCGGAUGCGUCUGUCGUCCUGGUUACGCCCCUACAGCUCAUAGAAAGGCUUGUGAACAUAUCACGCAAGAAACGACGGAAGAAUACAGCGCGUGUUUGUCGGAACCCUGUUACAACUUAGGGACAUGCAUAGAUUUGCCUGGAUCAACUUACACUUGCGUCUGUUCUAGCCCGUACACUGGCUCAAAUUGCGAGUCCCUUACUCACGACGCUCUGGGUCCUUAUAUUGAUACCCCGUCCUUUGACGGCACGUCGUAUAUUCGAUUGAAACCAUUGAAAGCUUAUCAUAAAUUGAACAUCGAUAUCGAAUUUAAAACGUUCUCUGAGAACGGCGUUAUAUUGUACAAUCAGCAGAAAGCUGACGGCACGGGCGAUUUUGUUUCACUUGGUCUGGUCAACGGAUAUUUGGAAUUUAGGUACAAUCUCGGAAAUGGACCGAUAGUACUGACGUCUCUAGAGAAGAUAAGUCUGAAUGAGUACCACAAAGUUUCUGCAAAGCGAUAUCAUCGAGACGGGAUCUUAUCUGUUGAUGACAUGGAAGACGUCGCUGGCCAAUCUAGCGGUCAUUUAAAAGCUCUUGAUCUAGUUGAAGAUACUUAUAUUGGCAGUGUACCUACCAACUUCACUAGGAUUUUCGAUAAUAUCGGCACACGGAGCGGCUUUAUUGGGUGUGUGAAAUACUUGAGAAUAAUACGUCAUCAAGUUACAAAGAAAUUGGGGAGACCAGAUUCAUUGGUCGUCGGUAUAGAAAACGUCCGAGAGUGUCAAUCGAAUCCGUGUAUGAGCAUGCCGUGUAAAAACGGUGCCACAUGUAAAGCUGUGGAAGGAUCAACAGUCGAAUAUACUUGUAGCUGCCCAAUCGGAUUUCAAGGAGCCAAUUGUGCCGAAAGAUUAGAUCCAUGCGAAUCGAAUCCCUGCGGGUAUGAUGAGGGGCUAUUGUGUGACAUCGGACCGGAGGGUGGACACGUUUGCCGCUGUUUGUUUGGUGGCGAAAUUGGUUCCAACGGAAAUACUUGUAAUAAUGAUGUAAACGUAGUCCAAGAGACGUUGUCCCCUCAAUUUAACGGAACUAGUUACGUCGAAUUACCGCCCCUCGAAGGGCUAGGUAAAGCGUUCCGCAUUGAAAUCUGGUUUUUAACGAACCGUUUCUCGGGGAUGCUCCUUUACACCGGCCAGUCUAAUAAAGCUAAGGGGGAUUUCAUAGCGAUUAACUUGGUUAAUGGGUACCUACAGUUUAGGUACAAUUUGGGGAGCGGGGUCGCUAACAUCACGUCUCCAAUACCAGUAACUAAAGGCCGAUGGCAUCGCGCUCGAAUGACCAGGAUAGGUCGGCACGGUAGCUUGCAACUAGAUCAACAAAUCACUCAAAAAGGUGAAUCUCCAGCGCCUCUCACACACUUGGAGCUUACUCUUCCAUUGUUUAUUGGAUCACUGCCAGCCUACGUCCGCCCUCACAAAAUGUCAGGCGUGACCAGCAGUUUCAUAGGAGCCGUGCAACAGGUCUUCGUGAAUGGUAACCCACUAGCCCUCUACACUGGAGACAUGCCUAAGUGUGCCAUAGUUCAAGAUGAGGAUCGGCUGCCUUGCGCUACAACUGGCGUUACGAAAUAUAUUGGCCCGCCUUGUGGCGAUGGAAUGACGCCAUGCAAAAAUAAUGGCUCAUGCAUACCAUUACUAAACGAAUACAAAUGUCUAUGCCGAGGCGGGUAUCAAGGGCGUAACUGCGAAAUCCCACAAAACGUGGGCAUGCUAAAUGAUGGAGCACCCAUCAAAUUCGACGGAAACAAUUACUACUCGUACCGGAGCAGGGGAAGCCGCAGGAAUCCCGGCGUCCGUGGCAUUAGGUACGAAAUCAAAUUUCGAACACACAACGACUCCGGACUUCUGAUGUGGCGAAGGAAAAUCGGUAUACGGCCAAGAGACUUCAUUGGUGUUGGUAUUAGUGAUGGGAAAUUGCAGCUAAUAUACACGGACACUGAUGUAAAGGAACUUAAUACUGCAUCUCACGAGGAUUGGUUCCAAUGUCUAGAGUCUAAAAUUCGCGUCGAUGACGGGUUGUGGCAUACAGCUACUAUUAGGAGAAGGAAGAGGCUUGCCAUGCUGCAAGUAGAUGAUGCUCCGCCCGUAAGAGGGUACUCGCAGUCACCUUUGGUACCCUCGAAGUCGAACCCGAAACUUUGGAUUGGAGGUUCACCGUCACUGCCGUUGGGUUUGCCGGCAGCUCUGUAUACGGGCCUACGAGGCUGUGUUGCAACCGUCAAAGCGAGUGGACGACACAUAGAAUUAACGACACCUAUACGACCGGCGACUACGAUACGACUUUGCGAUUAAUGACGAAUUCGACUCUACACUGAGAGAAUGUCAGUUGCAAAGUCCUUAAAAGAACAAUAAAAAGGAUUGUGAGAUAUAAAAAGUAUUAUUUUGUAGAUUUUACGUUCAAGGUCCUUUAGUGUAUUAUUGUACCUUUCUAUAGAAAUAAUCCCUAACUAAAAUGCGAGAUGAAGAUCUUUCGUACUUUUUCCGAUUUGCCUCAACCUUCACACCAUAAACUAAGGACAAGUUUUUCUACAAACCCGUUAUACGUCUCAGACGAAAUGAUAAAAAUAUUCAUAUCUAACCAAAUGAAUAUGUUGCCAUAAUAAAAUGUUACUUUAUAGCUAUUAGAUCUAAUUAAAUAGGAUUAAAUCAAUUUUAUCUUUGAAAAAUCGGUGCUCGGAUUACACAUCAGAGGUAUUAUAAACAAAAUGAGAAUAGAUUGUGCGAAAGUACUGAAUAAUUAAAAAGACUCUUAAUAUUUUGUUGUUAUAAAUAGCUGAAAUAUUAUAUCUAGACUGUAGUUUAGUCCAUAUUAUAAAUAGUUUCAUUAUAAGUGCUGAGGAUAUGGUAAAAAUAUGAUAUUUGGGUAUUGUAAAUGUUUAUCGUUACUCAGUGUAGAUUGACAGGCUUUAAUAUUAACAUUCCAUUUCGUUAUAAUAAAUGAAUUGCCUUGAUUUACGAAUUUCAUUUGGUAAAUGUUUUUAUUGAACAGUUUUGCAUUAAAUCCAGCAUAAUAUAAUACCGAGGCUCUAU